UAAUCCUUAUUUUUAGUAACUUUUUCGCUUCCUGACUUAGUGCUUCUGUUUUUUGUUAUUGUUAUUUACACAGACCUAUUAAUUAUUACGUUAUAGUUAUUUAUUUAGGUAAUUAAAGAAAAGGAUUUCUAGUUUUUAUUUCAUAUUUUGCAACUGAGGUAAAAAUUUGAACAUUGAAUAAAUUUAUUUAUAUUCAUAAUAUACCACAGCUAAAACAAAUUCUAAUAGUACUAACAUGGAUUCCUUACAAUUGGUAUCAUCAAACAAAAUAUUUGGAGGCUACCAGAAGGUAUAUGCACAUGAGUCCUCAGAAUUAAAAUGCAAGAUGAAUUUUUCUAUUUAUUUACCGCCACAAGCUGAUGGGGACAAUGUAAAGCUGCCUGUUAUAUUUUAUCUAUCAGGACUCACAUGCACUGAACAGAACUUCAUUACAAAAUCAGGAUUUCAGAGAUAUGCUGCUCAACAUGGAAUUAUUGUUGUUAGUCCAGACACUUCUCCUAGAGGUGUGAAGAUACCAGGGGAUGAUGACUCCUGGGAUUUUGGAGUAUCAGCUGGGUUUUACCUUGAUGCUGUUAUGGAUCCUUGGUCCAAACACUAUAGAAUGGGCAGUUAUGUCACUAAAGAAUUAUAUGAAAUAAUUCAAAGUGCAUUUAGUAAUUUGGUAGAUCCUACUAAAUUUGGAAUUAUGGGACACAGUAUGGGAGGGCAUGGUGCACUAGUAUCAACUUUAAGAAACCCAGGUUUAUUUAAAUCAGUCAGUGCUUUUGCUCCUAUCUGCAACCCAAGUGCUUGCCCAUGGGGUGAAAAAGCCUUUACUGGGUAUCUAGGCAAAGAUAAGAAUCAGUGGGCUGAAUGGGAUGCUACAGAACUUGUAAAGAAAUAUGAUGGACCUCCACUUACCUUGCUGAUUGAUCAAGGUGCUGGUGACAAAUUUUAUAAAGAGAAGCAACUUCUGCCGGAGAAUUUAGUAGAGGCAUGUCGCUCAGUUGGAGUUCCAGUUAUACUGAAUUUGCGGGAAGACUAUGAUCACUCUUACUACUACAUUUCUACCUACAUCGGUGAACAUUUCGAUUUUCAUGCUAAGAUUCUUAAAGCGUAAGCCUAACCAAUGACGGAAUGCCUGUAAAAUGGUAUUACACUUAAAUGUGUAAUGUAACUUUUAAAAUCAGAAAUUGCAUUAAUAAAUGGGUUAGAAAAUAAAUUUGUAUUGUUAAAUUUUUGCAUAAAAAGUAAAUGUAAGCUCCCAUGCUCCAGUGCAAAAGGAAAUAUGGAGGGUACUUAUAGGGGUUUUAAUCGAGUUUUGAAAACGAUAAUUAAAUUUUUGUUAAAAAAUAUUGAUUUUCAAAAGUUAUUUUUCACUAUUAGUUUCCAUAAAAUAUUUCUUAAAUAUGUUUGUAAUUAUGAGUUCUUUAACUAAUAAAAAAUCCCGAUAAAAAAUCGUGACAAAUCUAUAUUUGACCCCAACAAAUGAUAUAAUUAAAUAAUACGCAUUUAAGUAAAUGUUAUAUAUUUUUUUGUAAAUAAAAUUAUGUUUGUAAUAAA